GCGUAAUACGUCUUGGGUGAACAUUACGCGCUCGGCUGUCCCCGAAAGAGCACGCGAGUGUCGAACUCUUGCGUAAUCGAAGACGAGAACGAGUUGUAACGCACUUUACCGGAUCAUCUUUUAAGAUUGUCAAUGAGUCAUUUGUACCUGUUCCGUUCGUUUUAAGUUCUCAAGUGACACAGUGUAAUAUGAGUAUGUUUUGGUGACUCUCAUUGAACUCCUUCAAAGACGUUACCAAUAUGUAUAUAAGGAAGAUUUUUCGUUACUUAGUCGUAGUGUUUUUUUCGUUACUUACAGUAAUUGAUGGAGUACGAGAUGGUACUCGCGUAAAACGCUUACGGGCCGAUAGUUCAGCAGUUCGUGAACCUGCCCAAGCAUUGGACGCACCUGAACCGGAACCUAACACUGCACCUGCCCCCACUGCCUUCAUCAAUCCUUCAGUAAAGGAAUACCUUGAAUUGGGGAUGGCUAUACCAGGAAAACCCGGGACUGACUACCCUGUUCUAGGAGCUGUUCCUUAUACCAACUUCUACUGUGACGAACAAGCAUACCCGGGUUUCUUCGCAGACAUGGAAACACGAUGCCAAGCAUGGCACUACUGCGACAUAGACGGUCGUCAGGCAUCAUUCCUGUGUCCCAAUGGCACGGUCUUCUCCCAAGGAGUGGCAUCCUGUGACUGGUGGUUCAAUGUGCGAUGUUCACUCUCACCUGCGUUGUACCCGCUGAAUGCGAGGCUCUACCGGCGGAGGAAGAAGCAAUCACGACCGAAACCACAUAGAGUCAUAGACAAGAAACUCAUCGAUGAAAUAUUUUUGUAAAUUUAAUUAGUAUUCUAUAGUAUGCUUAAUAUUGUUUAAAACAUUUUAUGAGAACCAUCCAACAUUACAGGUUCUUAUUCUGUGUUGUUUUUCUUAUCUUAAGAACUUUUCGUAGUCGUCUUAAUAAAUUCUAUAGUUUGUUUGUUAGUUCACGACGUUGUAAAAGUUAGCUAAUAAAUACUUGUUAGUCUAUUUUAUUGGGAGUCAACAUUUUAAAUACAGUUCUUCUGCAUUCCUUGCCAUUUGUGCCUCUUUUUUUAUGAAUUCAUGGUUAUAUACAUGGUUUUUUUUUGCCGUAGGGAUGUAUGAUAUAAGUCUAUCAAAUACACCCAUAUAAACUGGAAUAUAUUAAUAUUUUAAGACUAAGCCAAUUUUUUAUUUUGACUAAAUUUGACAAAAAAAAUAGUUUCUAUGUGUAAGCUUGUGUGUGUAAGUCAUUCCUUGGAAAUUCAAGUUCUUAACUACAACGAGAUUACAACUAUGUGUGCAACGAACAAUUAGGUAAAGUAAUUUUAGUAUGAGGCAACAUGAAACAGUUCUUAACUGCAAUGUAAAUAAGCACGGGAGCUUGUGUUUUUUUAUGAGACUACAGUAGGUACAAUAAUAGCAUAAAAGCGUUCAUCAAAGCAAAACGAAAAGUUAUUCAUAGAUACAAUAGUUAUUUUUUCAAGCUAAAUAGGUAAUAAUUUGAAAAUUGAGUAAUACGCCUAGGUAGAUAUGAAAAUAAUUCUUGUUAUUCAAUGUUAUAUUUGUUGUUUAAAGUGUUUGUUUUGAUUCUAAAACCGUUAUUAUUAUAUUAUCUACUUGAUAUAAAAUUAUUUUCCGCAUAAAAUCGUGAAUAAAGAAAAAGAAAAAACCGAACCAAGCGAAGCGAUACAGAUAAAUUUGGAAGGUACCUUUCACAAACGUUUUUAUUGCUUCGUACGUGCGUUUGAAAUGUUAGUAAUACAACGAUAUAUAUUUUGAAUACAAAUAGCAGUCGCUAUACAUGGGUAUUUAAAAAUUUUCAACAUCAGUACGUACAAAAUACAUUAAAAAGGGCCAAAAGUUCCUGCGUACGCAUAAACUGGAAUACACUACUAAUAUCAAAAGUAAGACGAUACAGUUAAGUUGUAGUUGUCUCAUGUUACAUAAUAAUUAGAUAUAUACAAAUAUUUUUAACAAAUUAAACACCACGUAAAAUAUUAUUUAAAACUAUCUUUUUAUUAGAGAGACUAGUGACAAACAAGUUAAAUAGAGAUUACAGGUAAAGUUAUUAUUUUGUUUUACCUACAAGUAUCCAGCAUAUCUAUACCUAUCUUAGAUUUGAUUUUAAGAAAUAUAUUAAUUGUUAAAUUUGGCUUCAUUGGCAAUUUUCUAGCAAAUUUUUCGUUAAAAGUUUCUAAAUAGCGUCUGGUUAGCGAUAUUCUAUAGUUCUUAUGCGUAGUCUAUUGUUUAUAAGCCCAAUAAUUUUGUAUUUAGAACAACAAAACAGUAUUGAAAAAAAAAAAUAGUUGAUAUAAGAAUUUGUUUACAAGAUUUCGUUCAUGUCACACUGAUGUUUCGCGUGGCGUUUGACGUGUUAAAUUAACAAGUAUGAUAAGUGAGAUCUUUUCUAUAAAGGUUCAUUUUUAUGUUAUAGUUUACAUAGAUUAGAACAUAAGUCUGUAUAUAAAUUGUCAAGAAAAUAAUUACGUCAACUCACUUUUACCUUAUUGAAGUUAGGUUACGAGAGUAUCUGAGUGAGAAUAUCUACUAAGCUUCAGCUUAUCACCAUUACUGUGCCAAAAUUCUAUAUUAUAUAAUAUGUAGUUAUUGUGUUCAACUCGUAAAAUAUAACUCAUAACCGUUAUUGUAUCAAACAUUAUAUGCAUUUAAAAGUUUUUCUAUCAUAUUCUUGUUUACAACUGUGUAAUAUGGUAUUUUUUGUGAGUUAUUGUUGUAAAUAUAGUCAAGAUUGUUUUAAAUAAAUAUAUUUUUCUCAAUAA